AUGGUGAUGGUUGUGGUGGUGGUGGUGGUGGUGGUGGUAGUGGUGAUUGCCUUGGUGGUGGCCAUGCUGGUAGCCGUGGUGGUGCUGGUGGUGCUGGCCAUGGUCGUAGUGAUGGUGGUGGUGAUGUAUGGUUGUCAAAUUUGUAGUGUUGGUAGUCGUGGUGGUGGUGAUGGUGGUUAUGGUGGGGUUCCUGGCCAUGGUGUUGGUGGUGUUGGUGGUCGCGGUUGUGGUGGUGGUGGAUGUGAUGGUGGUCGUGAUAGUGGUUUCGAUGCUCGUGGUGGUAGUCGCAGUGGUGGUAGUAGUGGUGGUGGUGAUGGCCCUAUUGGUUGCCAUGGUGGUGGCCGUGGUAGUGGUAGUGAUGAUGGUUGUGGUGGUGGUGGUGGUUAG